CUGCGGUUUGUUUUUCUUUCUUUCAUUUCAGGCGGCUGUGUGAGGGCAACGCACGGGCAGAUGCGGAAAAAGGAAAGCCAAAAUAGCAACAAAGAAUUGGGCCAGAAAGUGAGAAAAAAAGGAGAGAGAAAUGGCUGCGGCAUGCUGUAUCUCGCCCAACAACCGGGGAAGGUUCGGGCUCCCGCCAGUCUCUGGAGAUUUCUGGUUGGGGGGCGCGCGACCCGUGGGCCUCGCUCUACUGCUCCAAGUGUGUAAAAUGGGGCUGAAUGCUGUGCUACAUGAAAAGAUACACUGCCGGGAGGACGACGAGCGGGAAGAGGACGAUGAUGAACAGGAGGUGGAGGGGGAGAAUGAUGAGCAGGAGGAGGAUGAUGAGUCGGUCGAGGAGGUGACUGAUUGGAGGGGGAGCAGGAGGAACGGGACGAGGAAGGAAGAGGUGUGGGAGGACGACAGGGGGCAGGCGCAGGACAAGGAGAGGGAAGGCGACCAUGGGGGAAGGACGACGAGCGGGAAGAGGACGAUGACGAACGGAAGGAGGAGGGGGAGAACGACGAGUAGGAGGAGGAGGACGGGAGCAGUGGGAGGAGGACAAAUGGGAGGAGGAGGGGUGGGAGGUGGAACAGCAAGACCAGGAGGGGGAGCAGGAGGAAUGGGACGAGGAAGGAAAAGAGUGCGGGAGGACGAGAAGCAGGAGGCACAAGACGAGGAGAGGGAGGAUGACCACCGGGGGAGGAUCACGGGGGAGGACGGCGAGUGGGAAGAGGACGUUGAUGAAAGGAAGGAGGAGGGGGAUAAUGACGAGCGGGAGGAGGAUGAGGGCCAUGUUUAUCUUCUGUGUAUGACGAGCGCGAGAAGGAGGGGGGAUGACCAACAGGAGGAAUGGGAAGAGGACAAAUGGGAGGAGGAGCGGGAGGUGGAACUGCAAGACAAGGAGGGGAAGCAGGAGGAGGAACGGGACAAGGAAGGAAAAGGAGCGGGAGGACGACAAGGGGCAGGCGCAGGCGCAGGACAAGGAGUGGGAGGACAACGAGCGGGAAGGACGGUGACGAAUGGAAGGAGGGGAAGAAUGACAAAUGGGAGGAGGAUGAGCCAGUCGAGGAGGGGGAGGAGGGGGAGAAGGAAGAGGGGAAGCCGGAAUGGAGGAGGAGGAGUGUGGGAGGAAGAAUGAAAGGGAGUAAAACACGUGGGAACAG